GCGGCAGGUGCCAGGCGCAGCUAGGCGUUCUGCGGGGCGGCUCCUCCCCCCUCCUGGCUGUGUGUGAGGAGGCGGCUCGGCGGCAGCAGCAGGUUGUGGCUGGGAGGCUGGGCUCGGAACUGCCCUGGUUCUCCCCCUCCUCCCACGGCGCGCCCGGGGACACAGACCGUCUGGCGGUAUGAACCGGACCCAGCGCGUCGCUGGGGGCAGCCCGGGCCUCGGCACCAUGGAAGUGAAGAGCAAGUUUGGAGCUGAAUUUCGACGGUUUUCUCUGGAAAGAACCAAACCUGGAAAGUUUGAGGAGUUUUAUGGAUUAUUGCAGCAUGUGCACAAGAUCCCCAAUGUUGAAGUUUUAGUUGGGUAUAUAGACAUUCAUGGAGAUCUGCUGCCUAUCAACAAUGAUGACAAUUAUCAUAAAGCAGUUUCCACAGCCAAUCCUCUGCUCAGGAUUUUCAUUCAAAGAAAAGAAGAUGCAGACUACAGUGCCUUUGGUACGGAUACUAUGACAAGGAAGAAAAAUGUCUUAUCAAAUGUGUUGCGUCCGGAUAACCACAAAAAGAAACCACAUAUUGUCAUUAGCAUGCCGCGAGACUUCAGACCGGUGUCGUCUAUUAUUGAUGUGGAUAUUCUCCCAGAAACCCAUCGCAGGGUGCGACUUUACAAAUAUGGAACUGACAAACCACUUGGAUUCUAUAUACGGGAUGGCUCUAGUGUCAGAGUAACUCCACAUGGAUUGGAGAAGGUACCAGGGAUUUUCAUAUCCAGGCUUGUUCCUGGAGGCCUGGCUCAAAGCACAGGCUUACUGGCUGUUAAUGAUGAAGUACUGGAGGUAAAUGGAAUAGAAGUCUCAGGGAAGAGUCUUGAUCAAGUUACAGACAUGAUGAUUGCAAAUAGCCGUAACCUGAUCAUUACAGUGAGACCAGCAAAUCAACGAAAUAAUGUUGUUAGGAACAGCAGGACUUCUGGGAGCUCAGGUCAGUCUACUGAUACUAGUCUUCCAGGUUACACACCACACACUGUGCAGAACUUCCAUCCAGAAGAAGACGACAGUGAUGAAGAUGACAUCAUUAUUGAAGAUAAUGGUGAGCCACAGCAGAUUCCAAAAGCUGUCCCUACCAGUGAGAGUCUGGAAUCAUUAACACAAAUUGAACUCCUUCAUGACUCAACACAAAAUGGUUUCAUUCCUUUUAGUGAAGUAAACUUAUGUCAUUCAGCAGGCAACGUUAGCAUGGAGUAUGAAAUACAUGAUCCAGACAAAAAGUCCUUAGAAGAUGGGGCAAUUAUAACGCUAUGAAACUGCCUCAGUGGUGUAUUUUACAUUAACUGAAGAUGCCGUACAACUUUUAAUUUUGCUUGAUGUAUAAUGCAAUUUAUACCUCUCAACCUACCAGUCCUUAAGACCUGCAAACAAACGUAAGGAAAAACAGUAAAUGCAGGAAUCUUAAAAUUAUGUGGGCUGAUUAAUGCCAGUUUUAUAAUUCUGUAAUUCCAUGUAAAUAUUUUGUAAAGAUACAAGGUAGAUGACCCUGGCUGUGACUGGACAGCGGUAAAAUGAAGGAUGGUUGAAAGGUAUUGACCACAUGUUUACUUCCAGAGGUACUUAUACAACUGGUUUUAAAGAGUAAAUUUCCAUUACCACGUGAGGUGGAUCAGACAGUGAAGCUGCAUGUCUAAUCCGAAUUUAUGGUCAUGUGAGUUUACCCCUUAAUGACACAAUUAUCUUAAAAUUCUAAUGUGAAAGUCUUACUAGUAUUUCUCUUGUACCUUGAGGACCAGUUCUUUUCUCUUAGUUUACAGUAUUGUAUAAGGUUGUCUUUUAUGCUGGGUUUAGUCACUAACUGUAGUAAUUACAUUAUGUAAAUGUCUAAAGAAAUCAAAUACAAAAUUAAUAGAAUGAAAAUAACAUUUUACCUGAUUCCUAUUUCAUGCUCCAAAAAUGGUCAUGUUAAAAGAGAUCAAGAUUCUUACAAAUGAGGAGAGUUAUUUGAAAUUGAUCAUCAAUGAACAGUUCUGUCUUAAUAUUAAAAAAUUAUUAUCCAGCACAGGUUAGAGCAACUUAUCACUUGAUUUUUUUUAAAGGUUUAGGCUUUGUAAAACUAACUUGAAAACUUGUGCUAUUACAACUUCAAAAUUUAUAAUGAACUAAAUUAUAAAUGCUAUUUUUUAACAUGCCACCCCUAGUAGGGUAUCUUAUUUUGAAUAUUAAAAAACUGCUAUGAAAAAAAAAACAAAAAUACUGAAAACUAAAAUCCUGAUGCUGCAGACACUUAAGCAGGAAUGUAAAUUGACUCUCAUGAAUAGCUGAAUAGUUCAUUGACUUCAGUAGAACUACUCAUGUGGUUUGUUUGCAGCAUCAAGGGCUAAAAUUGUACUUGUAUUUAAGAAAUAAAUUUAAGACAUAAAAUUGUCUUCAAAACAAAAUUAGUUAGCUGCUAAUAAUGAAAAUCUAUUUACUUUUAAUACAGUAACACAGUUAACUUUUUAUGCAUACAAGCUAAGAUCUUGAAAAAUAGCCUUCUGGAGGUGGAAUUUUCAGGUGUUAAGUUCCUUCAAAUUGCAAGCCCUGAUGGAAUACAGCCUGGUUAAAGUAUUUCAGCCAUCUUGACUUGUGAAACUUCACUCUAAUGGAAAGUGGUGUUAGCUACAUUUGCAAUUUGCUUAUCAGUUUUGUAUUUAUCUCAGUAAGGAUGUAGCUUCUUAGCAGAAUAAAUUUCUAUGUAAGAUGUGAAAUUCUACAGUCAGGAAACUGACCUCUUGAGGUUCUUUCUAGCCCAAAUUUCUAUGAUUUCUAAAGAAACAAGAACAAAACAUCCACUUAACAGUUUGCCUUUAAAUGGGAAGAAAAAAGAGAAUUAACAACAGGAACUUCUGGGGAAAUUCUGCACCAAAAAAAAAAUUUAAAAAAUUCUGCGCACAAUAUUUUAAAAUUCUGCAUAUUUUACUAAUCAAAAUAAUACACUAUCAUGGCAGUUUCAGUUUUGGUAAUUUAUUUCAAAAUACUUGUCAGCAAGCAUGUCUAACAAUAUAGACAACAAAAAAGGCUCAGGAAAUUUUUUUUGACAAAUAGAUUCCUUACCAUGAGUCUUAAUACAGAACUUUGAGUAACAAU